CAUGGUCUUCUGAAAUCCAUUCAUUGUUUCAAAAAUCAGGUGCCUUUGCUGUAUACCUGGAGCCCUGGCAUGCUGAUAUUUUUGAGUUCCUUGAUCUGAGGAAGAACCAUGGCAAGGAGGAGAACCGUGCGAGGGAUCUUUUCUUUGCUCUCUGGGUUCCUGAUCUAUUCAUGCAAAGAGUACAAAAUAAUGAGGAUUGGUCCCUGUUUUGUCCUAAUGAAGCUCCGGGGUUGGCUGAUUGCUGGGGUGAGAAGUUUGAGGAAUUGUACAAGAAAUAUGAGAAAGCAGGCAAAGCGACAAAGGUCAUUCCAGCACAGACCCUCUGGUUUGACAUUUUGAAGGCACAGAUAGAAACUGGCACACCUUAUAUGCUCUAUCUUAUUGUUAUGGGUUCAAGGCUACUUAAGGCAUGGGGGCAUUAACCAGCACACAAGGCAGCAUGACGACAGCUCUCUUA